ACCUUCAUCAAUAAGGAAUUUAACCAAAAAAAAAAAAACCCUAACAUCACCACAAAGCAGACAGUCUAUAAAUUGCAAUCGCCAAUCGCAUCUUUUAGGCCAAAUUCCUGCCUCCAACUGCAAACUAUCUCCUCAUCUCUCAGUUUUACCAAUGGGUGUUGUUUGGCUCUUCUCUUUUUCUUGUCAACAAAAUCUCUGUUCCACACGCAACCCUUUCGGUUUUGCAGCUGCUGUCCUCUUUUCGUAAAGUAGCUUGUCUUGUGCUUCUUUUUUUGUUUUCUCUGCCCCUUAAUUAAAGCCAUACUUUUUGGAGGAGAGAUGGGCAAUUGGAGAAAUCAACUAAGAUUUUACCCCCUACGUAGACCUCCUAAAUAUCCUUCUUGCUAUCAUGACCCUGAACCCUCUCUUUCUGAGUAUUGUAAUGAUGGUGUGCCUUUGUGGGAAAAGAAAUUCUGCACUUUAGUUGGAAGAAUAUCAUGGCGGAAGAUUGUUGAUGCCAGGGUCAUCUGCUACAGUGAUAAUGUGCUUGAUUGGGAUGACUCAGCUGGAGAAGAAGCAUUUCAAAAUGCAAAAAAGCGCUAUUGGGCAGAGAUCAAUGGCUUCUCCUGUGACAUUUCUGCUCCUGAUCCAAGUUCUUAUAUUGAUGAAAUAAAUUGGAACCCUUACAUUGAUCCUGAAUUAAUUAGGGACUUAGAACAAGAAUGCUUUGCUCCCAAUGAUGGAGAAAACAAAGUGGCAAGGAACCUUUCAUCUCCUCCCUCAGAAGGGCGUAACACAAACCCUUCUAAGGUUGAUAAUCCCUGGGAAUGUAAAAGUGAUAUUCAGGUAAUUGAAGGUUUAAAUGAUCUCAAUGGCUGGGGCCGGUCAGUCAGUAAAGUUGAUAACUCAAGGAAUUUAAGUAGUAAUGGAAAUAAUCCUUGGGACAAUAGCAUUAAUUGGGGGAAUCAAAGUGGAAGGCACAACUCGUGGGGAGAUUAUGGCACAAGGGAUUGGAAUGCUGGCAACAAUUCCUGGGGUCAUAGCUGGCAAGUCAUUGGUUCUAAGAAGGAUGGUGGAUGGGGAGACUUCAAACGUAAUUCUUGGGGAAGGAAUCAGCAGGAUUCUAAGAAGUUGUCUAAUGGGUAUAAUUCAUGGGAUCGUAGCUUUGCUCAACACAGUGGAGCUCCAAAUGAUCAGGGUUGGGGAUAUUGUGGGAGAAAAAGAAAAUCACGGGUUUGGAAACCAAGGGAGAAUCAUAACAUUGGGUCAAGAAAGUUGGACUUGAGAAGAACUAGCAGCAAUGGGGGAGCAUGGCACAGUGGUUCCCGCAAGAGGGAAGGUUCUCACCAGUAUAUACCUCGUUAUGAAAGCUCCAGGUUACAACGGGAUGAUAAUUUGACAAGUCAUUGCUGGAGGAGUGGGAAACCUAACAAAGAAGGUUAGCUUUGUGCUUGAGUAGCCAAUGCUACUGACUAAAUUUUGUGUCCUGGAUAUUAUGAGAUUCUGUGUCCAUCCAGCCUUGAAGUCAUUUAUUUCAUUUUACUUCAUUUUAUGCAAUUCAUUGAACAGCAUAACAGAUAAUAGUGAACCUUCUCCUGGGUUUUAGAAUUGUGUGGGGAGUUAUACAACUACCUUUGUUCGAUAUUGACAUCUUUGUUUUGGUCCAUGAGCAAGAUAUGCCUAUAGCUGUGCGAUUUUGUUAUUAAUUUACUGGUUCUACAGCAGUGCUAUAUAUUUUGUUAUUAUUAUGCAUGCUUCUCGCAUUCUUAAUCCCUCGAUUGGAUUGGGAACUUGCAAAAUUGUUGCUACGCUAGUUUGUUUAGUUUUUGUGUUGGAGCAUUGAACACGCAUGAUUACGUCUAGUAUAUAGAAAAGAAAAUUGUCCAUAUGUAGUAAAUUUUUAAAAUUUCAUAUCACUUAAAAAUAACUUUAGAUAUACUUGAAGAUGGUCCUCAACUAGACUAAUAAAAAGAUGCAACAUGUUGUAUUUUCAGUACUCGGGUAGAUGUGAAAAGGAGUGUGAUGAAACAGAUAUGAUGAUUGGGUUAACUAGGCUCAUUUAUAUUUCCAAGAUCAGAAGAAGUUGGUGAAUGGAACAUUUUUGGGUGUUUUGGAAAUGCGUCAUGCAUAAAAAACCGUGGAGAUAAUAGAUACAGAAAAUGAAAAUUAACCUUAAACCCACAAUCUCUCCCAUAUUUCAUUUCCAAGGCCACUAAUUCAAGAGACAAAUGUCAUGGUGCCUUGUGCUAACUAAUGAUGUUAUUUGACUGCAAGUUUUAUGAUUACUUUUUUGUACAUG